UCUGCUUCAUGAGCUGCAGUUCUAUAAUACAUCCAUGGCUGCAGCUCAAACCACGCUGCUUCCUGGUCUGUCCCACUCACCCUCUCGGAAGAUGGAGAAGAGCCGGCACCAAGUGCAGAAGAAACCUGUUCGCCUCAUAGCAGCAGCUUGUAACAACAUGGGGAUAGGAAAAGAUGGAAAACUGCCCUGGAGUUUACCGUCUGAAUUCAAGUACUUUCUGGACACCAUCACAAGAGUGUCAAGACCAGGAAACAUGAAUUUGAUGGUUUGGGGAAGGUUGUGCUGGUUCUCCAACCCAGAAAACUUUUUUCCGAUCUCCAAUUCUUUGCAUGCGGUGCUGAGUAAAACACUGAGCACAGUGCCGGAUCACGCUCACUUUUUGUGCCGAGACUUUGACAGUGCUGUCCGCCUGUCGUCAGAGCCCCCCCUCGCUGGCAUAAUAGAGAACAUCUGGAUUGUCGGUGGGACGCAGGUCUAUGAGGACGCGUUGAAGCACCCGUGGUGUGACCUUAUUUACCUGACAGACGUCAUGGCCGACUUUGACUGUGACGUUUUCUUCCCUGAGUUUGACAGAGAACUAUUCAAAGUUCAGGAAAGCUUUCCUGGUGUCCCGGGUGGAAUUCAAGAGGACAAUGGGAUUAAGUUCAGAUGUCAAGUAUUCAAGAAAGUGACUGGCGAAGGCCCGUAGAUUUAAAGAAGAAAAAAUUAAACCAGAAGAAAAAACAGGAAAUCUGAAAUCAUCUGAAAACACAGAUUACUAUUUUUCCUCAAAACCUUUUGUUUUUAACCUUUUUGUAAUGAAUACGCUCCUGGAUACUGUAGACAUUUAAAAAGCCUUUGCACUAUUGUGUGUUUUUGUAAAUUCAAGGAGAGCCUAAGUUUUGUUAAGAUCCUAACAAUCGCUCAGUAUUCCCAUCAGUGUUUGUUUACUUGACAUCCAAAAAAUCGUUCUUGGUCUGACAUUAAACAGUUAAUAUGACUGAAGUUAUAUUCACUCACAUUUGGGGUUACAUGCAGUUGGAAGUGAAAUUACUCCUCAUUUUAUACAUGUGCGGUUCAAGUCAAAAUUACGUACUUUAGCGUAAUACGCAACGCUGACGUAACCGGUGGUUCCGGUUUACCAGCAUUUAUUGAAAGCAGGUUGUUGCGGUGUCUUGUAAGUCCUACAAGCUGAGGAAGAAGUCAGGCCUACAUCAGCCAAUAUAUCGAUUCCUCUCCUGCUCUCGUAUUCUGAGACGAAAACAGGCAAAAAUGCUCUGUUUGGGCUACACUUGUAGUAUGUAAAAUGCUGAAUAUGAAUGCACAAAAAACUAAAGGGACUUUGAGCAGAUUUUUAAGUUGCAACUUUCAAAUUGGCAGCCUGAGUUAAAGUGUAAAUAACUUUUUUUUUUUUAAUAUACGUCUAUACAUGCAAUGCUAUAAUGUUUACAUAGUUUUAAAGUUCCAGAUAUGAUAGUUUUAUAGGUGAGUCCUCAAGAAAAGAAAAAAGAAAUCAGCUCUGCAGUGACUUAACAUUACGGAGGGCUUGGACAAGUUUAUUAAACUAAAUAUGAAUCCAAACACAGAAGUUUUGAUACUGAGGAUUAUUUAUUAGAAGUGCAGACAACAGAGUGAACAUAAAUGUUAGAUCAACCGGGGACCAAAUGACGAUGGAGUUAUUGUCAAAGCACAGCUGGACAUCUCUGAUUUUUCAUCUGACUUUCUGCAUGUGUAUGAUACAAAAUACAUUAAAAGGGCUAACUUUUCAAACAUGCUUUUCCUCUAAAUGUCUUCUAUUUACUUUGUGAAUAAGACAAUGUGAAAAUUGCACUAUUAUCAGUCCAUCUUUUUUACCCAACUAUAUACUUUUUAUGUGCUUUUAUGGCUUUUUACAUGUUUCUGUUCUUUGUUUAGAUUUUAUGAUAAAUUUUGAUUUAGUAAAACUUUAUUUUUCAUUGUAUUUAUUUAUUCAUGCAUUUUGUGACGGUUGGAUUUUAUUUUA